AUGAAAAUUAUAGGUAUCAUACAAUUGCUCUCAAUUACAUUCGUCCAUUUUGCACUAACACUGGCUAAUGUUUUCCUUGGUGACAAUAUUUACUAUGCUGUGAACUGCGGUGGACUAGCACACACAGAUCUUAAUGGUGUUCAUUAUCAAGCUGAUCCAUUACGCGUUGGCAUUGCAUCUGAUUUUGGCAGUAGGCUAACGAUAAUGAGGGUUGAUCCACGUGAUGCUAUUCUUUAUCAGACUGAGAGGUACCAUACAGAGGAUUUCACUUAUACUGUGCCAUUACCAAAGGAUGAUGGGGAAUACACAUUGGUUCUCAAAUUUUGUGAAGUUUAUUUUCAGUCUUCACAGCAAAAGGUAUUUGAUGUCAUAUUUAACGACGAAAUAGUGAUCGCAGACUUAGAUAUAUUCAAAGAAGCAGGAGGUAUUGGAGUUGCUUAUGAUCGUCUGCUGACGUUUCGUGUUGAAAAUGGUUUUUUAUUAUAUGGAGAUCGACGUGAUUCGUCUGGAUAUAUAAAAAUCACGUUAUCUAAGGCAUGCUUUCUUUUUCAUUUUUCGUUUUUUUGUCGUUAUCGUAGUUUGAAAUGCUCACAGUGGGGUCCUUUGGAUAAUCCAAAAAUAAACGCAUUUUAUAUUUAUCGUGGCCCUAAAACGGAUAUCCCGUUUCUCCGAGACAUAUUAUUUGACGAGGAAAUAGAGGAGGAGGAAGAAGAGGACAGAUUUGAUGAAGAAGCAAAUGUUAAGUUGCGUACUGAAAUCAAUCGCUUCGAAGAUGAGCCCGUAGUGGAGGAUCCUUAUGCUGAACAGGAUACAAGUCACAUGUUUAUACCGUUCCUCAUAGCCUUCGCUUGUUUUUUUCCAGUUUUAUUCUGUUUAUGUAAAUUAUAA